AUGGUGAAAGAAAAGCCAUUAAGUCAAGAGCAAUUGAUGGGACGGAUCAAAUCCGUUUACGUGAAACAUUUCGUGUCCUACAAGGAGGUAACUUAUUAUCCCAGCAAAUACCUGAAUGUAUUGACUGGGCCCAAUGGAAGCGGAAAGUCGACAAUAGUCGCUGCAAUAAUGAUAGGCCUGGGCGGCGAGCCACAAUUGCUCGACCGCUCCGCCAGCCUUAGCGACUACAUACAAAGCGGCGAAACUGAGGCUACAAUUGCUGUUACGAUCUACGGUCGCUCAGAGCACACUACAGAGGCUUUUCGGCGCAUAAUAUCUUCGGAUGGAACGUCGAGUUUUUAUGUCAAGAAUAUCAAGCAGACGAAGAAAAACUUCCAGAACAUAGUCGCGUCCUAUAACUUGCAAGUCGGCAAUUUGUGCCAGUUCAUGCCCCAGGACCGGGUUCAGGACUUUUCCAAGAUGAAUCCUCAGGAGCUGCUAAUGAACACAAUAGCUUCCAUAUGUGACGAUGACCUGACCAAUAAUUUUACUCAGUUGAAAGCAAUGCGUUCCAAGCAAGUCAAUGCCCAAUCUGAUAGCGAAAAGCAGAAGAAAAGUUUGCAGAAGAAACAACACCGCUUGGAACAGUUAAAAGCGUCUGUUGCUCAAUUUCGAGAACGCGAGGAAACAAAUCAAAAGGUGAACAUAUUUAAAAUAAAAAAACUAUGGCUCGAGGUCGAAAAGAGCGCAGAAAAGGCAGCUGAAUAUAGAGAACAACUGGCGACGGAAAAAAAGAAUUUCAAGAAAAUUGAAAACACCUUCAAAAAGCACAAGCAAUCGCAGGAGCAGAGCGAAAAAAAAAGAACAGACCUGAGGAAUGCUUGCUUGAACACGAUUCGUACUUUGGGCCAGGCUGAGGUCGGGCAUAAUGUUAUAAAGGGGCAACUGGAGAAUGUGAAGCUGGAAAUCAUACACAAUAGAUCAGCAUAUGAGACUGAAAAGCAAAGAGUAGCGCAGUCGGCAGCAGAAGCCGAAAAGGUGAAACAAUUAAUAGAUGCUAGAAAUCAGGAGCUGUCUGAAUUGAACAAAAACAAGGCGAACAUCAUGUCCGAAUUGGAAGGUCAUCAAGAAUCAUUCAAUAAUAUCAACAAACGGGUAUUUGAGCAGUUCAGUAAGCGACAAAAGCUAGAGAACGCUCUAAAUGAUGAGAAGAUUCCGGAAAUGACUGCACUGAAAAAUAAAAUGGACAGACUGCAAAAUGUAAAAACGCAAAAGAUGCAGGAGCUCAGCCGAACACAGCCAAAUUUGGCUGCUGCUAUGGAUUGGGUUGAGCAAAAUAAGCACAGAUAUCGACUCCAAAUCUAUAAUCCCAUGAUAUUUGAGCUAUCGAUGGAAAGUGAAGACGCAGCGAAGUACUUGGAGAAUGUGGUUAAACAGCGGGACCUCUUUGCGUUUGCUUGUGAGGACAAAACUGAUAUGUCCGAUCUGAUCAACGAACUGUGUGUAAGGCAGAAGCUGGGUGUGAAUAUUAUAUACUGCGCACCAGCCGAUACAUGCUCGUAUAGUCCCACUGUGCCGAGAAGUGAACUGCGACCAUUGGGAUUUAACGCGUAUCUGGUCGAUCUAGUCUCGGGACCAGCACCCAUUCUGAACAAACUCUGUUCGACAUACUCAAUCCAUAAUAUUCCCAUCGGCUCAGACGCCGUGAGCAAUCAUACAUCAUCCAUUCCAAAGGGAAUUCGCGUAUAUUUUGGAGGCAACAAGAAGUUCAUAGUAACCACGUCCCGAUACCGGCCUGACACCAUACUUACGGAGAGCACGAUUCGAGGAAAGAAUCAGCUGAUUGCUGUUGAUUCCGAGCAGCUGGAGGCGCUUAAAAGACAGUAUUCCGAAGUUGUCGGACAGCGCGACAGACUUCGAAAUGCCAUUACAUUACUCGAUGCAGAGUUUGAACGUUUGCAGGCCAACCGCAAAGAAGUGGCAGAAAAAAAACAAACUGUCGAACAAAAGUUAUCGUAUAUUAAUCAAGUUAAAGGUGAAAUAGAGAAACUUUUGAAAAGGUUUGAAAGGCUUGAGGAGACUUCCAAUUCAUUGGAUUCAAUCAGAAAACAAGCUCAUGACACUCUGCUCGUGAAUAUGAAAAAAAUACGAGACGCUGAGGACAAACUAGUGAACAAUUUGGAACAAAUUGGAAGGUUAAUGUGCGCAAAGAAAUUGGCUAAAGAAAUGGAACAGGUUUAUCUGCGACAACAAGAAAGUCAAACCGAUUCCCUGAAAGAGACAGAAGAAAUGUUUAAUUCAACAAAGAAUAAAGUCAACCAACUGUCGGAGCUGUACGAAGGGCAGACGAGAGAGAGCGAAAAGAAAAAAUACGAAAUCAAGCUGCGCUGCAACGAUGUGCUGCCCAGCGAUGCGACAUUCCCUUUUAAAGACGAAUUGAAGAAUAUGGCGAGCAUGGACAUCAAUCAAGUUCGCGAGGCAAUAAACGACCACCAGGCCAGAUUAGAGUGCAUGCAAAACAUAGAUACAGACGUAAUCAAAGAUUUCAAUGAACUGCAAAAUGAUGCAAAGGCCCUUGAAGAACUGAUUCUUGAGUCGCUAAACGCUGAGAAGACGCUGGAAUCCGAUAUGUCUGCCUUAUACGAAAGCUGGAUACCUAAAUUGCACGACCUAAUAAGUACGAUCAACAAUAAGUUUGGCGAAUUUAUGGAAUCUAUCGACUACGUGGGAGAGAUAAACCUGGCCAAAUCCGAUAAGUUCGACUUCGACACAUAUGGCAUCCAAAUAUUGGUCCAGUUUAGAAAAAAUACUCCACUACAGACGUUGGAUAAGUUCAUUCAAUCUGGCGGCGAGCGAGCAGUCUCCAUAGCAGUGUACUCGCUAGCCUUGCAACACGUCACUCACGUGCCAUUCAGGUGCGUCGAUGAAAUAAAUCAAGGCAUGGACGCUAAAAAUGAACGUAAUAUUUUUAAUCUACUUUUAAGGGAAGCCACCAAGCCUGGGUCGGCUCAAUACCUUUUCGUUACCCCCAAGCUGCUGUACGAUUUAGAUUAUAAUGAAAAACUGUGCGUCGCUAUUGUGUGCAAUUCGCGAUCAGUUUCGGAAAACCUGAAGUUUCCAAUGAUUGAAGGAUUUUAAUCAGUAGUGACAUUGUUGAGUAUUUUGUAAUGAGCCAAAGAAGAAUGGCAAUAAACUUGAGCCUUGAA